CACCAAUGGCAGCAAGAGGAUUAAAGCUCAAGCACUCAUUGACUCCGGUGCUGAGCGUAACCUGAUCUCAGAGGAUCUCAUCAAAGAACUUCACCUCCAGGGGCAGCCACUUGAGCCCCCUUCCUCCAUUUUUGAUAUUACUGGACAAUUAAUCUCCCAGAUCCACUUCAAAGUCCCUCAACUGCAGUUUAUUGUUUCUAGUAAUCAUCACGGCAGCGGUCUGUGUUGAUGGGAAGUGGGAGGGCAGAAGCUUGUGACUGCCUGAUGCCUCAGAUAGUCCAGAGGGUCAGAGCUGCAGGGAGACGUCUCCUGUCUUUGCUUCACUCCGUAAAACCUGCAACUCAGAGCUUCUGAAGGAGCCGCUCUGUCGAACGCCACCUCAGCAGCAGAAAGACCAUGAGCGGUCACGAGCACAACCAUUCGCUGGACUUCCUGAACGGCACCCCGUGGUUCCUCUAUGAGUGYACCCUGGAGAUCGACACCAGCUACAGACGCAUCUCCCUCUUCCUGCUCUACCUCUUCAUAUUYGUGGUGGGCCUGCUGGAAAACCUGCUGGUGGUCUGGGUCAACUGGCGUAGGCGCCACUCAGCCAGCGGGGUGCUGUUCUGCAUCAUCAACGUGAGCCUGUCGGACCUGAUGGUGGUCGUGAUCCUGCCCUUCUUCAUGAUGGAGGUGACCAUAGACAAGGUGUGGCUGUGGGGCCGCUUCCUGUGUAAGGUCACCAGCCUCAUCUACGUGAUCAACUUCUACAGCAGCUCUUUCUUCUUGGCCUUCAUGACCUUGGAGCGCUACCUGUCCCUCACCAGACCGUCCGCCCCACCUCUCUUCCCUGUGGUGGGCCGGCGCCGCUGGGCGCUCUGCGGGGCGCUGUGGGUCUUCUCUCUGUUCCUGGCCCUGUUAGAGAACGCCCACAUGGACCUCCUGCAGUGGGAGGAGCCGGGCUGCUACCUGCUGCCCGAGUACAGCUACACCGAGUGGUACGUGUCCUUGGCCUUCCUCUGCAUGAUCUUCCAGUUCCUUGGCCCGGCGGCGCUCAUCAUCACCUGCAACGUGCUCAUCGCCCGAGCGGUCCGAACGGCGCCGGAUGUGGAGAGUCGUCGGGACGUGUGGCUGGUGCACGUGUACUCUUCGGUGUUCGUCCUGUGCUGGUUCCCCUACCACCUGGUUGUGCUGCUGAUGAUCAUCGACGACCUCGACCCCUUCCURUUCAGCUGCAACGCCGUGGAAGUCCUCUACUUCUCCUACCCCGUGGUGCAGGGCUUCUCCCUCUUCCACUGCAUCGCCAACCCCAUUCUCUACAACUUCCUCAGCAAGAGUUUCCAGAGCAACCUGCUGAACACCGUGAUCAACUGCCUACCCAAGGAGAAGGCAGUGGAGCAGGUGGAGGCGGGGCCAAAGCCCAACACUCCUAACGGAGGGGACCCGGGGAAGCAGCGCAGGCUAAGUAACAGCAGCACCAGCCAUUCUGAUGUUGGCUCAUAGGAAGCUUCAGGCGAGAGACUUUUUCUGUUAUUUAGUUUGAAUUCUUUGUUUCAAACUGCAAAUAAAACAAGAAAAACACAGUAUGUAAAAAAAUUUCAAAAGAUGAUAAAAAGAAAAC